GAAAUUGAAGCCAAAUUUUCUCGAAUUUACUAAAAUGGCAUUAACCAUUAUUGUUAUUCUCGGUCUUGUGUUUUUCGCCCAAGCUGCUGAUUUAAGUAAAACAGCAGUUGUGCAAAAAGUUACAAACAUUGUGAAACAUAUUCCCGAAUCUGAAAAGAACGAUUUUCUGCGGUACCACCUACAAAAAGGACGCCAAUUGUUGUUGGAAAAACUACAAGAGAGUUACCCUGACUUUGAUUAUGAGAUUGGUGACGAGGACUCUAUUUUACUUUACAAAUAUUACGCCACCAACAAUUUGGUAACCGAUAAAGAGUUGGUGAAAGUGGUCAGUAAUAUCAUCUGUUGGGGGGAUAAAUGUAUCGAUUUCUCCGACCCGGGGGUUCACCCAUAAAUAAAAUUUUUCUCUAAAAUUA